AUGUCACAGGGUGAGAAUAAUGUGCAGUCAGUCUGGGGCUCCAACCCAGGACCCCCUGCUUGCACUUACAGUGACCAUGAUGAACAUAUGCCCACUGAAGAUACAGAACCUGCUUGUGCAGCUAAAGAUGUUUUGUGUAGUGAGUCAGUUGAAAACAUAGAGAGUGACAGUGACAUGAGUUUAGACAGUGAAGUGAACAGUGACCCAGAAGAAAGCGUGUAUGUUGAAAGUUCUGAGGAGGAGUUUGAAAACCAAAGCAUUCAGACAACAACAGAUAGUUGUGAAGCAUCCACUACUAAUGAUCCCCCAUUGGAAGAACUGUGUCAAACACCUGGGUGCAAGAGUUCAUCUCGGGAAAAGAAGCAGUAUUUUGUCACUGCAAAUAUUGAAAGUCAGUUGAGAGAGCUGCUUGAAAGACCUAGGAUUUGGGAAAAAAUAGAAGAAAGUCGAAAUAUUCCAGACUCCGAUGUUAUUUCCGACCUCAAAUCGGGAACAGAAUACAAAAAACUGAAAGAACCUGGAGGUUUCUUAAAUGAGGGACAUAACAUUACUUUGUCAAUGUUUACAGAUGGUGUGGCAUUAUUUCAGAGUUCGGCAGUUUCCCUGUGGCCUGUGUAUUUCCUAGUGAAUGAACUGCCACCAAAGAGCGUUUCCUACAAAGAAACAUGA